AUUUUUGGCGUUGAAACGUUACGGAUACCGCCAACGGAAGUGCAGUGAAGAUUUUUCUAGUGUUUCAGUGUUUUCGCUAAACUACCUGAUUCGGCCGGUAACCUAGAAAACCAAAGUGAUUUUUGUUUUUCAGUUUUUUUUUAUUUGUAAUUAAACGAUAAUUAGACACGAAAUAUUUAAAAAUGCCAAUCAAAGUGCCAUCACCCACACAAGCGCAAGUUGACGAGCUACGAACUUUAUUCAACGAGAAGUAUGAACAAAACCCACCAAAUGUGCCUUUUCAUCCGGUCGAUCUCGACCGAAUUCGCAAAUCAGAUAUUUGGUGUACGCGCUUUCUCGAAGUGUCCGAUUUGGAUAUGCAAAUCUCCUUAGGCAAACUCUGGGACACUUGUAUAUGGCGGCAGGAGUAUGGAACGAAUGAUUUGAACGAAAAUAAUUUGGUCAAGGAAUACCUACACGAUGGCGUCGUAUUUGCGCGCAACAAAGAUUUGGAUGGAAAAACGUUGCUUAUCUUUCGAACAAAGCUGCAUGUUAAGGGCGCAAAGAAUAUGGAUGAAGUGAUUCGCGUGGUGGUCUAUUGGAUCGAGCGCAUACAUCGCGAAACGAAUAUGGAUCAAAUGACGAUUUUUUUCGAUAUGGCUGGCACAGGUGUGGCCGGCAUGGAUGUAGACUUUGUGAAACGAAUUAUAGAGACAUUCAAACUUUACUAUCCCAAUGCGCUGAAUUAUAUACUCAUUUUCGAAAUGGCCUGGAUGCUGAACGCUGCAUUUAAAAUGAUAAAGGGUUUUCUACCAGCCAAGGCAUUGGAAAUACUCAAAAUGAUAUCGAAGAAAGAUAUUAAUCAGUACAUCGAUAAAAAUAAUUCUCUCGCCAGCUGGGGUGGCAAUGACCUAUACGAAUUCCAGUUUGUGCCGGAAAAAUUGCAAAGACCGACUACACUGACUGUGAUAGUUAAUGGAGGCGCGUCAGCAGCACCAAGUUCACCAGACACACAGAACGGAAAUGAAAAGAAGGUGCAUUUUGCCAACAAUAACCGAAUGUACGCGGGAUCCGAAAUGCCAGAAUGCGAGCGCGGUUAUCAAACCCUGGACCCAACGAGCACAAUGUUGCGGAUUUCACCAAACGAUAACAUUUACUUCAAUCGAGGCGAGAACAGCGAGAGCAUAAUUGAACUCACUUGCAUCGGAAAAGAGGCAAUCAUCUACAAAAUUCAAACUACAGCGCCGGAAAAAUUUAGAGUGCGUCCACGUUGCGGCUAUUUGGCGCCAUCCGAGACGGUGUCAGUGAGCCUUAUGUUGAAACAGGACUAUCAUUUGGGUGAAUCGCCGAAAGAUAAAUUUCUCGUUAUGUGCAUGACAGCUCCCGCGGGUAUUGAUCCAUCACAACAGAGCAUGAGUGAGACGUGGAAGCUAAAGCCUCCAAAUGGCAGUGAUGUGGAACAACAUCGUCUCACCUGUAAUUACAGAGGCAACGCAAGUGGUGCGAGUACACCCGGUCACUGCGUCUGUGGGCAGGGUGGAGCGCGUAGUGGUGGCCCGGACGAAGGGAUUGCUUCGGCGAAGAGUGUCAAUACUGUUUCGGAUCUGUCAUCGCACGCCAAACUCCUGGAAAGUCAGUUGCGGUUUACACAAAUUCUCCAAUGUGUCACCCUCGUCUUUUUAUUGGCACUCUCUGUAGCCGUUGUAUAUCUUCUGAAGACGCAAUUAAAUCGCUUACCCGUUUGUGGCGGUGAAGAGGAAUGCAGCGCUGCGCUUGGAAGCAAUUGCCCUGGGCGGAAUCUAUAA